UUCAAAUUUGAGUAAUCAAAAUGUAAAUUUACUAAAACUUAGUUACAUUUAAGUGAAAUUUACCCUUUUUUUAAUAAUCGGAAUAUAUUUAAUUUUAAAGUUCCAUUAAUUUUUUUAACUAAAUUUAGAAAAAAGGAGAAGAAGAAGAAGAGAAGAGUGGAUAUUAUUUAGCUUAGUAAAAGGUAAUCCUAUUUUUCCUCCUUAAUUAUCUCCCCUAAUUUCAACUUUAAACUAAAUUUAAAAAAAACAUAUAAAAAUAUAAGAAAAAAAGUGUACUCCAUUAAAAAGCUUAAUUAUUUCCCUUCAUUCUUCAUUCACCAAUGUCAUCCUCCAACCCCGGCUCCCCCUCCGCCACCGCCACCUCAUCCUCAUCGGCAUCAUCAUUCUCUUCCAAAGCUCAUUCAUGUAUCCAAGCCCUUUCUUCCAUCCUGUCCACCGUCCCUUCCUCCGUCUCUUCUUCCUCUUCCCUCCUUCACGACCCCACCGUUUCUUCCCAAAUCUCCACCCUCCUCCGUGACCCAGACUCCGGUUCCGGCGACAACAACCUCUGUCGUUGGCUUUACGACACUUUCCAUUCCCCUGACCCAGAACUAAAGCUCGUCGUCCUCCGUUUUGUCCCCAUAGUAGCCGGCAUUUACCUCUCCCGUAUCGCUUUACGUAAAUCCCUCGCCGGUUUCGAAGCCAUUUUAUUAGCUCUUUACGCCCACGAAACCACCGCACGCGACGGUCAACCGAUAAGCGUCAACGUCCCUGAUUUAACCCAACCCAGUAUUUACCAUGAAGCUAAAUCAUCAGUAAAGACCCAAGCAACUGAAUUAAACCUAGCUGUCAUCUCACCAACAUUAGAACCCCAUGGCACCAUGAGAUCAUCAAGAAGAGCAAGAAUCGUCGGUGUAGCCUUAGAGUUAUAUUACAGUAAAAUAUCUCAAAUGCCAGUGAGUUCAAAGCUCGAGUUUUGUGAGUUUUGUGAUAUUUGGGCUACAGGGAUUCAAAACAAACCAUCUUCAUCUUCAUCAUCAAAACAAAAGACAAUACUAUUGCCAUGGGAAUUAUUACAACCAAGUUUAAGGAUAUUAGGACAUUGUUUAUUGGGUGCACAUAAAAGUAAAAAACUGUAUGAAGCUGCUUCAAUGGCGACCAAGAGUUUAUAUGAGAGAUCGUUGCAUGAUAUUGAUGCUAAAGCUAUUUUAGCAACCAGCAGUCUUCUUCGACUUGAAAAAAUGGCUUUGGAUCCUAAACUUAACGUUGAUCAUACUGAAAUUGAUAUGUCUUUGGCUUUGUAA